UUUGUGAUAGACCUUGGACGGGUGUGUCUUUGUGAUAGACCUUGGAGGGGUGUGUCUUUUUGACACGCUUUGGACAGGGUGUCUUUUUGACAGAGUUUUGACAGGAGUAUCUUUUGACAGAAUUUGGACGUCAUAUCUUGUUGACGGGACCUUGGACGGGUUGGUCUUUGACAGACCUUGUAUGGGGGUGUCUUUUUGACAAAACUAGGACGGGCGAUUUUUUAUAUAGACCUUGGACGGGCGUGUCUUUGUGAAAGAUAUUCUUUAUGGUUAUUGUCUACGCAGAUUAACACUUAAUUCGAAAAAUUUAAUAAAAACGUCAAAUAACACAUGUGUUGAAUCAAUGCAAAUUGCUUUAAUCUUUUCAGUUUUUUCUUGGCAUAUUAUCAUGUCAAUGAUAGUGCUGGAAGACUUCAGUACAUGUACUUUCAGUAAGACAAGAUAAAGAUAUCUUUAACGAGAAAGCUGGCGCCUAGCAUACCUGCCUCGAGGUCCCUGUGCAGGUGUUAAGAUUAUUGAAAAUACUGUAUAUGCAGCUGAGAUAAGCAUGGUAAAAUAGUAAAAUUUUACCUAACGUAAAAGAGAUUCGGUGUUUUCACUUUUAUUAGACAAGGAUGGUAUGCAUUUCGACCGGCAUUUCACCAUCGUCAGCUAUGUUUGAUGUAGAGCUUUUAUGUAAUGAUACGUUGUAAGAUUUAUGGAAAGCCAAAAAGGACGAAACAAAGCUUUGCACCAGAACCGGGAACAGAAUAGUUCAAUGAAAGAGAACGACGGAAAAUAAAUUACACCAAAAUGAAAUACAUUGACAACUGCUCGUGUUGCAAGCUGUCCGGAUUCACGUUAUAGGAUAUCAAACAAUUACAUAAAAAAAUCAACACUUCAGUCAUUCUCAGUCUAUUCCAACUCCCAUCAAACAGAAAUAAGUCACGUUUAAAUUUAACCAAUCAGAGGACGCGUUAUAUUUAGAAAGCCUAUUGUAAGCAUGCGCUCUAGUAGACAGGAAAUAUUCAGGAAGAUCGUUUGAAUAUGCUUUUAACUAGAAGGAAUUUGCUAUCAAUUUCACAAAAGACUAAGUGUUGGUCCAUAAAGAGCAAAAGCAUAUUUAUAAACCGUAGAAAACACCGGUUUUCUGUAUUCCUUGGAAAUCGAUAAUUAACAGAAUUGUCCUUGUUAAUGAGGUUAUUCAUUGAAAACAAAGCGCGCACAACACGAAGAGAGAGAUGUUUCUAUAUUUUUAAAAAGAUAGGAAAUGAACCGAACAGGUGUUUGUUGAGACGUGUUGUCAUUCUAACAUAAAAGUCUAUUCCCCAUAUCCAAAUACAACCGAACAACGUCAAAAUUCUGUCUCCCUUCUUUCUCUGACAAUGAAAACAGGUCGACGUACUAAUAGAUAAACUUGUCAAUAAUCCCUGAUAGAUAUGUAUGAUUCAUACUGGAACAUGUUUCCUUAUUUUUCGUUACUUUAUUUGGAUGGAACUAAUGCUGUAUUAAAAGGCUACACAGCUUGAUCCAUACAGAGUUAAUGUCCAGAUUGUUACCCCACUAAAAUCAUCAAGAUGCUCUCACAGCGAACCGACAGUGGAAACAACCGCCACUUUAUAUUACUAUCUCAAUAAUAUAAUUCAAAAAUAAGCAUAUUUUCUCCGUAAUAUAAGCACUAAUUUGUCCGCAUAUAUAUUCAGCCUUUAUAUGAGAAUAGAUAAUGAAUAUUUUUCUUCGUGAAAUCAGCCAUCUUAUUUUCUUUGGGAAUAUCAAAUUGUGAAUAAAUGCUUUAGCUCGAGGGAAUACAGCAGGAAUGAAAUUGAGAAAUGUCUCGGUUGAAAAAAAAAAAAAAGAAAAAGAAAAAAAAAAAAACAAUUAAAAAAAUGUUAAAGGCCACGUUAUUCGACAUAAAAAAGCGCAUCCUACGAUCAAGCACUUAGCUAGCAACCAUCCCAGUACUCAAACAAAAUGCUUACAUAUAAUUACACCGGCCUGGCUUUCAGUAUAUGAUCAAUGGACUCUUUCAUAGUCGUAAGAUGGCUCUGGGUUUUUUCGCUGUUUCUGACUGUAUGUACAUUCAGGAUAUAUAAUUGUCUAAAAAUUCUUAAGAAGCAUCAAACAUGACUAAACGUAUACUGAAUAAAUGAUCGUAUAAUUGGCCGUUUAUACCAACAAAAACCCUACCUUAAAAUACCUGGAAAAAUUUUCGCUAACGAUGAGAAAGAGACGCUCGCCAACAACCACGGAGAAUCUGUUGAUCUUAGAGAAACUGAAACGAUUAUACAGAAAAAAAAACACUAGAAUUUCUUUGAUAUGUAAAUCCGUGACUGGGCAGGAAUCAAGAUCGUCUCGUCGCUCGCUUAUGUUAUUUCUUGAACAAUAGACCAAACAAUCUGGUUUUUAAUUUUUUCAAUGUAUAGCAAUUGGAAUAUCCAAUCGUUACAACCGGAACUGAGGUCAUCUACAUGCGUUCGCCAUCAUUAGACUCGUGUUUUUGUGAGCAAAAUAACCCAUAAACAAACAGAAAACGCAUUGGUCAAAUCUCUUUCAGCUCAUUUUGAAAAACAAAAAAAUGCGUGAGAUCAUCAUGCUAUCUUUUUUACCGCCAGAGACAUGCUUUCUAGUGGGAAAUGCAGUCGAUUUGUUUUCGUGAAACCUGACCAUCGAUUUGUAAUUGGUUAUACAAAUACAAAACGAUCCUGUCCAUGUGGAGCGAUUAUUUCAUAGAGAGACUGAAAGUGCUAACGAAAGGUUGAAAUUGAAAACAUACUUGAAAACAAGAAACUACUUUCUUGAUACUUCAAUAAAUUGACUCUAACACGUAUAGCCGAGUGAAUUAUUGAUUAUAUAGCAGUCCUAGUAAUCACCCUUUUGUAUAAUGUAUAUAUUAUAAACUCUUGGAUAUUUGUAUGAAUACCUCCUUAUCAUUACAUGACUUCAUUAUAGCAUUUCAAUGAGAAAAAUAAAACACAUUCGUCCAUUUUUUCUAUGGUCAGUUAUAAAAUUAGCCGAUAUGAAUUCUCUUAUAUGUAUAGAAUUAUAUAUAUUCGCUAAAUAUCGAGGGGUGCCAACGAAAUAACACUCAGAGGAGAAUUUAUGGUCAUAUAAAAAUGAAUUUGCUUGUAAAUAGGAAUAUUUGGCCAAUUGUUAUAUAUCUUAUCUAAGUAUCCAAUAUUUAACUUGUCUUUUCUCAGGUUAGCUAUUCCAAUGGUCUCUCCUAAGAAUAUUCAGCCUGUUUAUUUGGUUAAUUCACAAAUCCUAGGCCAGGCUGAUGGCAAAAGUGAUGCCGUGGUUAAAACAAAAAAAUCGACUUAUAAUUUGUCGAUGCUUUUCAAAGCGGAAAUGUUUUGAGAACGAACGCUAUCUUGUGAACGCGAAAGCACUCAAAGAAACCUUUUAAAGCUAUAUCUGUAAGGUUAAAUUGUUGCUUUCAUCCAAGUCCUGGCUAUAUUGAUAGCUUUAAAAACACUUGAAUUUAAACAAAUUAAAAAGGUUUUAUGCAUUAAAUUACUAAAGAAUACGUAUUUAAAAAGGUCAAAAUACAUGGAUAGGACUUUUAUUUGAAAGAAAUUGUUCUAAUUGAAUUGCCUAGAGAUGGAAAUUCGAAAAAAACAUUACCAAGAUUGAUUGUCGAUUUACUGCUUUUUAACCGCUUUUUUUCUUACUUUUUUCGUAAUUUUUGAAAUCAUGGCGGAAAAGAUUGUCUAAAUGAAUUGAUUUUAGUAAACAAAGUGUUUGACAAAGAAAAAGGCAACGGCGAAACACUUGAGCUACAAACAAAACAGAACGCUGAUAAUCCGAUAGAUCAACGUAUCCGCCGAAAGGUCCAACAUCUAGUCGGCAAUAACUAGUAUUUGAUGAGUUUUUUUUUCAAGAGAAAAAGAGAUCAUUUUCCCUUGUUUUUUUAGUCUUUCUUCUCAAUUUCAGUAGAGCCUCUAGUAAUGUUACUAAGUAACAUUACUAUCUACAAUUCUAGCGAAUUAAAUGGCCAAUCAAAAGCACACCCUAUUCUAAGAUUAGUGUUUUGUACGAAACAUGACCACGGGGAGGGGAGGGCCUGCACCCGAGAUGAUUUAUCGCCUGAUGGGUUUGUCGAAAACAAAAGAAACAAAACAAAGAACUACUGUGAUAAUUACAGAAUAUCAUCGUUUUCUAGGAAACAGCACUGCUAAUAAUAAAGCAGAGAGAAGCCUUUCAGGGGUCUUUAUGAUAUCGUACUACGAAAAGUACGAAAGGAGCUUGUGUAGUAAACAUAUCCGUGUCCCAUGCAGAAAGCUGUGAGAGGGAACGAAUAUAGAUAUAUUCUAUGAUAUUCUAUAUGAUCAUUGGAAUUCGUAAAUUUUGUGAAUUUGGUACCCUGAACUUAAAUCCUCCAUUGUGUGUUUUCUUACAUGGGAUAAAACAUAUUUGAAAGAAGAAUGGAGAUUAUAGGAAUUAACUUAUGACUAAUGAUAAGCUUACAAGUCGGUUAAUUCUAGAAGGAAAAAAUAAAUAAAAAUAAAAAAACGACUGACCUUCUUCGCCCAGGUAAUGAAAACAUGACAAUCUCGGUAAGACUGGUUUCACGAUGGGCCUUGUUAAUGGGCUUUUAUUUCAUUCUGUCGUUUCAAGACACCGUCCAUAUUAUCACUUGAUAAUUGUAGCACGUUUCUUAUUAUCAAACAGUUUCGAUUGCCAGUAACUAAUACAACCUAUAUGAACUUUCUUGACGGCAGUGUGAGAGCGCGUCUUCUGAUUGGCUUAGUCAAAGUGAGCGCGAACAAGGUAAAAAGAGUGGGUGAAGUAGAGGCAUCAACCAAGACACCCACAAGUCAACAGAUGAAAUUUAAAUUACUAUGGUCAAGUAGAAAGAAACAAACAAAGACUAAAGAUGGCUGUUGUUGUUUGUUGCCGGACGAUGAGUAUCAUACCAAGAAACAUGUCCGUGACAACCGAGUGCCACACGAGCUGACGAGCUGAUCCUUCGGCUAGACAGUGUCGCUUGAUACACUGACCAAACAAACACUUACCUGCUUUUUAUUUAAAUUCUUAUCUUGUUAUCAUGGUUUGAAUUUUGAGAGGCUACACGAAAACAGUUGAGAAUUGUUGAAAUAAAUAAUUGCGCAGAAGUUUGCUGACUUGACACCCUCCCUUCCACCUACCCUCAUGUUGCACAUCUGUGAUUGAACAGUCUGGGGGGUGGGGGAGGGGGCGACAUGUACUUUAAACGUCGUCUGAUGCACGACAAGUUGCUCUUUACUUUUAAAUAUUUUUGUCCACCUACCACUAAAUAUUUCGUGAUUAAAACCUCAGUUACCCGUUGUUUUCAUCCCUCUUCACAUUGAAAUGAUACAAUGAAUGAUCAUAUACUAUCGUUCAAAACAGUACAAUUCUCUGUUUGAAUAGAGAAUUUACUGCGGCCAGAUGAGCAUACCCUGUUCUAGAUAAUUCAGUGUAGCCAAUACAGGGUUAUUCUAUACGGACAAGUCGAUACCAUGCAUCUUAAUGUUUUAAAUGGUUAUUCGCAGUCGGAGGUCAAUACUUACUGGCGGUUUUCUUGGUUAGUAAACCAAUCAUGAAUUAUAAAUGUAAAUGUACUUACUUUACUGGAAGAUUCUUGCGAUUAUAGCUGAAGGAUAUUUUCUCUGCCGCUUUUUCUUUACUCCUCGCGUCAAUGAAUUACUGCAAUCAGGGUGUUUUGACUAUACCGUGCUACUCUUGCUUGACCGUGCCAGAAUUCACAGCAAUCAACCAAUUCAUUUGACGAUUGUCCUUUUUGCCGUCUAAAAAGCUAAAAAUGCCUUACAACUGAGAAACCAAAUUAUGAUCUAAAUGGACGAGGUUUUUGUUACUUGUCUAAAAUACUAUUACAGUUGAAGGCUUGUCCAUUUUGGGUUAUUUCGUGGUCAUAUAUUUGAUUUAAUAGAAAGCCCCUUUAUAAGCUCCACUCAUCAGUCUUGCUUAAUUGACUCACGACUGUUUUGCUGAAUAAUCAACUUAAUCUUUUCUUUGUUCUCUGUUGUUUUCAAGUGCAGUUCACUGCAGUAUGCAUGAUGCACAGUUAUUUAUUUUCGUCUUCAGACAGUAUUUUACCAGCUUGCUUUGAUUUUAGCCUCUCUUGUGGCUUAUGAUUUGCUCGUUUGUAAGUUUUAAAGUAAUUAUGAGUAAUUAAAGUUGAACGGUCAUUAGAAAUCGUAUUUUUUGUUGAUAUCAACGGUGUUAGGUAAGUGUUUACGUAAACACACAAAUCGGUUCAUCAAUUGUCGGUUCGUACGACCAAAUUAAGGCAGGUUUAUCUGUAAAGAUUAAGUCAAUAUUUUACAUUUUAUCUUUUCCAUUUCACAGAAAAAGCAUUGAAAACAUGUUACUUAGCAACGAUGUACUUUAGGAAUUUUACUGAUGCCAACUUCUACUUAUGCAAAUUAUGUACGCCAGAAGGCAAAUACGAAAAUGACGCUUUUAACGGUUUAAAUAAUUAUUAUAACUAUAGGUUCGUGAACUAUACAGGCAUGCUUUAAUGAUUGUCUAGAUAUAUAUUUAAAAACAGUUAAAAAAGGGAGGACAAGAAGAGACAAGAUUAUCAACCUUGAAGCAAUCAAAAGCAGUUCUUAUCAAUAUGACCAACAUCUUGAAAAUAACUACUGAACGAAGUCCCAAUGCAUUAAGGGAAUGAUUCACGAAGACCAAAACUUAUUUAUUUCAUUGCAAUUUCUCAGUAAAAUCGAGUAAAAUUGCAAAAUGUAAUUCAAUCUGUAGUUUGUACCACAUGGAAGUUUAAAUAUCAGAAAACGUUUACUCAAAAAUCUUCUUCAAUAGACCUCUUACAAUAAUCACGCACAAAACAACUAAGGACGGCGCUCCGGGGAAACAAAAGAAUUAUCUACAGUAUCAUCAUUUUUUGCGUCGUCAAACAUAAAUAUCGAAAGUGGGGUAUUCCUCAGUCGACUUGAAACCAGUAAACAGCCGCAUCCAGGGUAGAAUUUGUACAAGUACACCUCCUCAUGAGAAAAAGUCCGAUAAGAGAACUGAAUCAAAAACAAUCUGAAGUGGAUGAUACAAAAAAGUCAAUAAAAAUUACAAACGGGUAUAAGUCUCUUCUUUUCAUAGUCGACGGAAAAACAACUCUGUUACGACAUAGUCCCUCAGUUACUAUUGUUACGUUAAAAAUUGGUGAUAGCUAAUCGCCUUUCCUUGCAGCCAGAGUGCUGAACGAAGGACGCAGCUCACGUGAUCAAGUCGGUUAUGCGGUAUACAAAGCAGCCAACCAACCGACCGAGGAAAAACCGGAGGACUUGGAGAAAAAACCCUCGAAGCAAGGGAGACAACGGAAACAAACCCAAGCCACUUAUGAUCCCAAGUUAGAAUCGAACCCCGGACCACAGCGGUGACAGGCCGGCGCUCACACCCCUCGGCCAUCCUUGCUUCCCCUACACUAGCUUCCCAAGGUAUUUUGUGUUAUGUUUCUGCCAGAUUGUGCGUGGACUAGCCAGGUAGAAGUCGACUCGAAUGGUUUGGGCCCGUGUAGAAUUUACCCUACGAGACAGAGCACUGAAUGAACUUCACUUUAAAUCUUGCUUUAAUCUUGAAUAGCAGCACGCAGGAAGUUGGUCUCUAGAUUACAACAAAACUUGGAUUCCCUUUAUUCUAGAACCGUUGUACAAUACUAAUUACCUAAAGUUUUUAUAAACUUUUAUAAACUAAAGUUUUGUAAACUGAAGACGCGCCCAAAAACGGCUAACAUCCAAACCACAUCGAUAAAAGCGAAAAUGUCCUAAGAUGAGGUAACAUUCGCAAAAGACUAUUGGAUGUAACUAUAACGCCUAGUAAAGCGUUCACCUAGUGAUACAGGUGAAUUUUACAAUUUUUAGUCAAUUUUCAAAUAUUCCCAAUUUUAUACAAUAAAUUUAUUAUUUAUUUCCCUAAUAAUUUUGAUCAAUUUUCCUCCGUUACAACUCAACCCGAGAAAUAAUUAUACCAGUAUAGAUCCCCUGCAUCUGAUGUCAAAGCAGCUUCAUCUGGAGGACAAAACAAAAGAUUUUUGCCCUCUUGGGAACUAGAAUCUAUUGAUUUGUCCUCCCAGUUGAAAUUGCAUUCCCACGAACUGCAAGGGAUCUAUAAUGAUAACAGUGUGACCAGUAUUCUAAAGUAUUCUACUAUUAGCUACUAUUCCACGAGUUACGUUCACGCGUAACGCAUUAACUUCACUUGAAAAAGACUGUUUUUAUAGAUUUAGAGUGUCAGAUAACAACUAUUAGUCUCAAUUGUCUUUUACGGUCUCUAAAGUACUGUUGCGGAGACGUGUUUUACAAACAGGAAAAGGACAAAGCAUGCUGGUAGUUCGUGCGAGAAGUGAAAGCAAUGACGUCAACACAAGAGGAAAUCAGUAUGACGUGAUUCGCUGUAUAAGUAUAACGGUGUUCGUUUCUACAUAUUUUAAAAUAUAGAAACAUGGAAACUGCUCAACCUGACCGUACUGUCCCAAUUCAGCAGCGUUGGAAACAUAUGUUGAACAAGUCAGACAUGCAGAAGUAUGACACGAUAACUUCACCAACUGUUGAAAACAAGGACAAAACUCCAAGCAAAUCCGUACAGAUGUACUUGAAUCAAAAUAUGACGAGCUUUACUUAUCUAGAAGGUACAGAAGAGAGCAGUGAAGAGAUAUCGUCAAUAUCUCGUAUCUACAGUGAACAAACCAACUCACAGACCUUUACUAUCGAGCUGAACACUAAGUUAUCAAUGCACUUCAAGGCACCGAGCGUGACGCUUGCUCAAGAUUGGAUUUAUGGGCUGAAAACUCUUAUAAGCAAUCAACAACUGACGCACAAAGGUGUCGAAAGACGGGACGAAUGGCUAAGAGAAAUCUUCCAAGCUCUUUCAACCGCAGAUCAUCAUGAAUUGAAGUAUAGUGAUAUCUUCAAGUACGUUCUGAACGCCAAAGAGAAUUUCGUGUCUCCAGCCUUCUUCAAGCAGAAAUUAAAAGAGUAUUUGAAAAGUAAGAAGUUGAAAUACAGAGAAGAUGACGGAUUUCCAAGACUACAAAACUUUGUAGAGUUUUACAAGCAUAUUUUCGACAGAAAAGAGAUGGUUAAUUUAUUCAGAAGAGUCGCUUCUGACGGAACUUUUAUCACAACUUCUGACCUCCAGUACUUCUUAACCGAGCAACAAUAUCAAAAAAAUGUCACGCAUGAUCACUGCAAAGAAAUCAUUGUCACUAACGAAGUCACGCAAGCUGGCAAAGAGAACCUUCAGCUCAACAUUGAUGGUUUCACACAUUUUAUGCAAAAAGAAAAGCUGUUCAAUCCAAAACAUGAUGGUGUAUAUCAAGACAUGAGCCAGCCAUUGACUCACUAUUACAUCGCCUCAUCGCAUAACACAUAUCUCUGUGGGAAACAAUUGAGCGGCGACUCUAGCGCCGAGGCCUACUCGGACGUCCUGAAGAAGGGUUGUCGUUGUGUUGAGUUAGAUUGCUGGGAUGGUGACGAUGGAGAACCAAUUGUUUACCAUGGACACACCUUAACAACCAAGAUAUUAUUCAAGGAUAUUAUUAAAGCCAUUAAUGAUAGCGCCUUCAUGACGUCAUCGUAUCCUGUCAUCGUGUCCUUGGAGAAUCACUGUUCCCUUGAUGUACAGAAAAAGAUGGCUUCAUACUUGGUGGAAAUUCUGGCCGACAAGAUGUACACAAUCCCUGUUGAUAAAAGCCGCAGUGAAUUUCCAUCGCCUGAGUUUUUUAAGCACAAAAUUCUGAUCCGAGGAAAAGUUGGCUCCAUGGAUGAUGAAGAAGACAGCAAUGACAGCAAACCAAAGUCUGACAAUCUAAAGAUGGAAAAGAAAGAGGAAGAAAAUAAAAAAGAGGAAAGGGAAAAGAAAGUGGUGUCGUCACAGGGGGGAGAGGAUGUAAACAUGGCGAAAGAGCACCCCGAGUCGAGCUCCCAGACGAGAGAAAGAAAGAUCAGUUCGACCACAAAAAGAAAGACUAUUGCUAAAGAACUGUCAAAUCUGAUCAACUACACAUCUAAUGCAAAGUUUGUAAGCUUUGAAGAAUCUGACAGAAGUGGAAAGUAUUGGCAAUCCUCAUCGUUUGUUGAAGGCGAUAUGGAAUAUCAUGCUGACAAAAACGCUGAAGCCUUCAUCAGGUUUAACAGACGCCAACUAAGUCGUAUUUACCCAGGAGGCUUAAGAAUUGACUCUAGUAAUUACAACCCUAUAAAACCCUGGAGCAUUGGCAGCCAGAUAGUCGCUCUCAACCAUCAGACAGACGAUGAAGGUAUGGCAUUGUAUGAUGGAAAAUUCCGCCAGAAUGGUCGAGCUGGUUACAUUCUAAAGCCACAGUUCCUUCGAGAUCCUUCAAUUAAGUUCAACCCCAAUGUUACUAAGCCAAGGGCCGGCAGUAAAGUACUGAAGAUGACGAUCAUAAGUGGUCAGCAGCUUCCCGACCAGCCCAACUCGUCAUGGUCGGUAGUGAAAGACGAGCCAGAUCCAUAUGUACAAGUACAGAUCCAGGGCGUACCCUCAGACGAGUACACAUUCACAACCAAAGCAUUAUGUGAUAAUAGUUUCAAUCCCAUUUGGAAUCAGAGUUUUGAGACUAAUGUCUUGGUACCAGAGUUAGCAAUGGUGGCGUUUUCUGUGUAUGACAAAGAUGUUGGUUUUGAUGAUUUCAUUGGCCAAGCUGUACUUCCCUUUGAAAGCAUGCAACAGGGUUAUAGACAUGUGCCAUUGAUGGACAAGGAGGGUGAGGUGUUGCCAUAUGCUUCGAUAUUUGUACACGUCAUUUGCGCGGACUUGAAACAAGACAGUCCUUCAACAAGGUGAAGCGUACAUGUACAAGGUCAAAAAACAUUAAUUUAGACUAUUAUAUUAUAUAGGGAACACUUGAUGUAUGAGUGAUAAAUAUAUAUACUAAUUGUAUCAUCAUAAGCAUAUUUAUGCCAAUUUAAUAAUUACAAUA